CCUUGAGGAAUUCGCCCUACCUACCGUUGCCAUCCUAACCAGCACCAUGAGAUUGCAGCGACUACCGGUGGCCCCUGUAGCGGUAGGAGUUGCUUGUCUAUUGGCGCGGUACUCAUCGGCGUGGAUACCAGUCAGCUCGUCGUUGUCGGGGACGUCGACUAGACCUCCUCCUUUCCGCGUAUCGGCCUGCUCCAUGACAAGGACUCUGCGCCCAAAUCUGUCACCAGAAACGUCUACCAGAAUCCGAAUAUGCACAGAGCCCUACAAUGAAUCGAAUUCGCGGAGGCAUGCCCUUGUUUCACGAAGGGACACGUUACAAACUUGGCUCAUGGUUCCGUUACUCACAGCGGCCAUCGUAGCGCUUGAUCCGGAUCGAUCACUGGCCGCGCCCCCUUCCACAAAGGAUGCCACGAUCACGGACAAGAUUUUCAUCACCGUGAAAGGCUUACCAAAACGUGAAGAGGAGCCCGAGUUCGAACCCAAGCGUAUCGUCAUUGGAUUGUUUGGUACAGAAGCACCGGAAUCCGUUGACAAACUCAAACGCCUCGUGGCGUCGUCUUCUUCCGGGCAGCUGUCCAACGGUCUCGCCAUACCCUGCCGACCGAAGGCCACGCGGACUCUGCAGAAAGAGCAGCUCGAAGCUAACAAAGUCUACAAUUCCUGUGUCGAAGGUGAGGACCAGGGUGUCACGCUCCAGUAUUCCUCGAUUUGGAGAGUCUUUCCGAACGAGCGGAUUGAUAUGGGUGCGGUUACAGGCAAGUUUGUUGCUCGCGAAUAUCCAAACUGGCAGGAAACAGUAGAAUCAGAAUUGGGGCACGAUCAACCCGGCGUGGUUUCCGUACGUCGGGGGAACGACAGCGGUUUUGGCUUUACCAUUUAUCCCGGUGGCGCCAAAGAUCCCGUCCGUGAUCUUGCUGCCCUCAACGCCGAUCACAUCGUGGUAGGUCGUGUGAUCGAAGGUAUGGAUAUUGUUGCACAGUUGAAUAGCGUGCCCGUCAUUUCCUCUUCCAAACUCAACUACAUGAGUCUGACCGGUGGCCAAACGACCAAGAAUGCACCGACACGAUCUUGUCGGUACGGUGGCGACAUGUACUGCAACGAAAAUAAACCACUCAUCAAAUUGAGCAUCACCGAAACGGGAAUUCUGUAG